CUACUAACUUAGUUCAUAUUCUAUUUUUAGUAUAAAGAAAUAGAAAAAACAGGAAGUGAUGCAAAAAAAGUGUGAGAUAAGUAAACACACCAUGACACGUCUUUCUCUGUGGCACAGAACUAGGGCCCACCCUUCUUCCUCUGUCCCACCACCAUCUCCUUGUGUUAUUAUUGAUUCAUUCAUUCAUCACGUAACUAGAAACUACAAAAGCCUUUGCAUAUUUACGAAGAUUUUCACCAUAUCAAACCUCCAUCAUCACCAUCAUAAACUACUCUUCUCAUCAACAUCCAUUAGCUUCAUGGAUUUGAGAUUUGAAUACAAAGAAGGUUACUGGAAGAACUCAAGGGAAAUGCAACUAUUCACAUGCAAAUGGUUGCCUAUUUCUUCUUCUCCCAAGGCUCUUGUUUUCCUUUGUCAUGGCUAUGGAAUGGAAUGCAGUAGAUUUAUGAAAGAAAUCGGAGAGAAAUUAGCCUCUGCAGGAUAUGGUGUGUUUGGUAUGGACUAUGAAGGACAUGGACACUCUGCAGGUGUUCGUUGUUACAUAACCAAAUUUGACAACAUUGUCAACGACUGUUCCAGCUUUUUCAAAUCAAUUUGUGAGCUCCAAGAGUACAAGGGAAAGGCCAAAUUCUUAUAUGGAGAAUCAAUGGGGGGAGCAGUGUCCCUACUAUUACAUAAAAAGGAUCCUUCGUUUUGGGACGGUGCCGUUUUUGUGGCACCAAUGUGUAAGAUAUCAGAGAAGUUGAAACCACACCCUGUUGUUGUUAGUAUAUUGACAGGAUUGGUAGGAGUAAUUCCCAAGUGGAAAAUAGUUCCCGCAAAGGAUGUCAUCAAUUCGGCAUUCAAAGUUCAGGCCAAACGGGAAAUGAUAAGGAAAAACAAGUUAAUAUAUCAGGACAAGCCAAGGUUAAGAACAGCAUUGGAGUUGCUUAGAGCUAGUUUAAGUGUUGAAACCGUCUUACAUGAGUUUGGUGAUUUUGAGCAGGUAACAUUGCCUUUUUUAGUUUUACAUGGAGAGGAAGAUAAAGUGACAGAUCCAGAAAUAAGCAAGGUAUUAUAUGAUAGAGCUAGUAGUGUAGACAAGACCAUGAAACUGUACCCUGGAAUGUGGCAUGGGUUAACAUCUGGUGAGACUGAUGAAAAUAUUGAACUUGUUUUGGGAGACAUCAUCAGUUGGCUGGACAAAAGAGCUAAGAGCAAGGCAAGUUUGGAGUUUUAUUUACCUGUUCCAACUUACAAGGGCAGUAAUAUUAACGAGUUUCAGGAAGGCCGCACUCGUGCAUCACUGUAGAAAUUAUAAACACACCUCAUUGGGCAUUUUGAACUAUGGUCAUGUUACACAUAGAUAGGGUUGUUGUGCUAUAUUGUGGCCAACUUCAUUAUUCUCUUGGUACAUGAUAUAAUUGGCUCCAGAUUGUUUCAAAAUCAAAUAUGCUUCAUGCAAGACUAAACUCAAACAGGGACAUAAGACCUCAGGCCAGUCCCCUGAACCAAAUCUGUUUUUUCAUUUUCUUUAGGAUUGACAGCUAAUGGGGGAAAAUCAUGUAUAAUUAAUCUCACUAAUUUAAUCACAUGCAUAAAAAUUAUGAGAGCCUAAUCCUUGGGCUAUGGUUUCAAGGAAGGCAACAAACACUAAAAAACCAGAAAUCAAAUUGAAAACAGGAGAUAGCGAUUAGUGAAGUUGGAGCAAAAUAUAAUAAGGUAAAAUGUUGUAAUAACUAUAACUGUAGUCACUUGUACAUACCAAUAACAUCCAAAAAAAAAAUAAAAAUAGAAAUAGAACCAUAUAGAAAGAAGGCUGGAAACUGAUAAAUGAAAUCAUGACUGGCUAUAGCUAUAAUAAACUCUUGAAAGAGAGAAAAUACUGGAGAAGGAACACAGCAAAAGGGACACUCAAGAAGAGCUUAUGCCGCUGUAACUAAUAGGAAACACCCAAGUGCUGUUAUCCUCAGACUACAGAUUUUCCCUUUCUCACUCUCUAAAGUACACAUAUGACAUAAACAUACCACCAUCAA